AUGUCUCCUCUAGAUUUACUGCAGCAGGUGGAAAGUUCAUACUUUGUUCACGCCUCUGAGGUACCGCUGCCGAAAGCUGAUGUGCGCGCGGCAUUUGAGAACAUUGCCACAUCAAAGGAAGGUUAUGAGGUGCUUUUUACCGUUACCGGCCGCGGUACUGAACCUCAUAGCACUGUUGUGUAUCUGUGCAGUGGUGCUGCUGCAGCUGAAUGGACGCGGGAAACACUCAAUGAAGCCUCUGUGGAAGUGUACGCAUUACGAAAGCGAGGUCCCGCGUCUGCAUUUCAGCCCCGGAAGACCCGUCCCGCUCUGGUGCCAAGAAACGGUGUGGUACAGCGGGAACGCAAACUUGUGCCCGUAUUGGUGAAUGAUGACUUUCCGCCUCCAGUAAAGAAGGAAAGGUCACCGGAGCCGAAACCAUCUGUGAAGGAGGCGCCCUCUCCACCCCCUCCGACAGAGGAACCGAUGAAGCGGUUGGAAGAGGAGAAUGUUGUUAAGAAUGUAGAGGAAGAAGAAAAGAAUAGGAUGGAUGAGAUGGAGAGGGGAAAAAACCCUGCACCGGUUUCUUUGAGUGGGGCGGCAGCGGAAGGUGCUCCGAAGUUAAUUCCAAAGGAGUCCGGUGGCAAGAAACAGCAAACGCUUUUGGGUAUGCCAGUUGGGGGGGCGAAGCGGGACCGGCUCAUUGAAGAUAGCAAGAAGGCGUCCCCGAAGGCGAAGAAACCCCGCGCCCAAUCCAAAAAGGAGGCGAAAGUUGGUGAAGCCACUACAAGUUUAAUGAAACUCGCUAAGGCAUCCAAGAAGAGCAGCCUUACUGGGUCGUCAAGCGCAGCUGCAGCUGCAAAUGGCUGUAAUACAGACAAUGCCAAAUCGUCUCGAGAUAUUCUUGAUGAUGAAGAGCAAUCCGAUGGCAGCAGUCGUGGAAACCGUUCCCCACACCGCGAUGAAGGCCUCUUAGAUGACCCUGAACCUGUGCUUGAGGUCGCUUUUACACCUGCAGAGAAUGAUGAGAUAAUUUUGUGUGACAAUGCACCACCGAUGAUAUUCUGCGCCCCCGAACCAACCUCAUCUCCUCUAAAGAGGGAUCCACAUCGGACACAGGCAGCUAAUGGCAACGCUGCACUCUCAGCACAUCCAAAACUUACGGGGUUCUUUCAACCGGAGGUGAUUGCCUUUCAGAAAGAGUAUUCACGUGAGCUGGAAACGGACACGGUUUUUGAGGGCGGCGAGUACAUUUGCAGCGACAGGGUGGUGUACCGGCACGUAAAGACGGGUGCGGUAUUAUCUGAAGAGGAAUAUCAUAAGAAAAGCGCUGAGUUGAUGCGAACGUGCGUCGCGACUGAGCAAAAAUCAACACAUGACGCCGGAAGCAAAAACCCCCUUGCAGUAGGCGGUGGGGGCAAAGCUUCUGCAAAAGUGGCGGUGGAGCGAAGGGGGCCGCCAAAAGUUGAGCGCCAGGGCGCUACCCCUCAGAAGAAUUUAAUGUCUUUUUUCGGUGCAGUAGCACUUAAGCCGAGUGCUGAUACCAACCGCUGA